UUUUUCAGAAAAAUGAGGAAUUUUUGUCUAAUUUUAUUAUCCCUUCUUCUUUCCCUUUUAUUUUUAAAUUUUGUCAGCUCGGAAGAUGGGGAUGAUCCAAUAACUUGUGGAACAGUUUUAAAACUUCAAAAUGCUGCAGACAAUAUUCGUCUUCAUUCACAUGAAAUUAAAUACGGUUCCGGUUCUGGACAACAAUCUGUUACGGGAAUGACACACAGCGACGAUGUUAAUUCACAUUGGCAAAUUUUGGGACCUGUAAAUCAACAUUGUAAACGUGGAACUCCAAUUAAAUGUGAUGAUAUAAUUAGAUUAAUGCAUUUACAAACACGUUGUUUUCUUCAUUCACACGAUUUUGAAGCCCCUUUAAGUAAAGGAAAUAAUGAAAUUUCUUGUUUUGGAAAGGAAGGGGAAAGUACGGAUACUGGGGAUCAUUACAAAGUUAUUUGUGCUUCUGAUGUUUGGAUAGAGGAUGAACAAGUACGUUUUAAACAUGUUGAGACUGGGAAUUAUUUGGCUUUGAGUGGACAAACUUAUAACCGUCCAAUUUCCGGGCAGCGUGAAGUUGUUGGUUCACCUAGUGCUGGAUAUUCUGCUUUUUGGAUUGCUGCCGAGGGUGUUUUUGUUAAAAAUUGA